AUGCGCUUGACCAGCGCACUGCCCUUGACCCUGGUCACUUUGACUCCCCUGUUUGUAUCGGCCACAGAAUGGAGCGGAGUCUCUGACUUUAGCCUGCUCCCUCGAUACGAUUCCCUCGGCGAUACACCACCCGGAUGCCCCGAGUGCCCGGCUUGCUUUAACUGCCAGCUCAACAACGACAACUGUACACACUUCGCGGAGUGCAACAGCUUCAACGGAAAAUGCUCCUGUCCUCCUGGAUUUGGAGGCGAUGACUGCUCGAUUCCUCUGUGUGGUUCGCUGGCCGACGACAACAAAAGACCGCAACGUACCACUGAUACCUGUCAGUGCAAGCCUGGCUGGAAGGGCAUUAACUGCAAUGUAUGCGACUCCGAUGAUGCCUGCAAUUCUAUGAUGCCCGAGGGUGAAGGAGGUGUGUGUUACAAACAAGGUGUGACGGUCAAGGAAAAUUUCCAGAUGUGUGAUGUGACCAAUCAUAUGAUCUUGAAGCAACUCGAUGGCCGCAAACCGCAAGUGACAUUCGGCUGCAAAGAAGAAGAUAAGACCUGUAGCUUCCAGUUCUGGGUUGAUCAGAAGGAAUCGUUUUACUGUGGACUGGACACUUGCAAGUGGAGCAUGGAAUCGGACUACAACUCCAACAAUACUCACUACGAGUGCGAGCAUCUCCAAUGCUCGUGCAUCCCGGGACGUUUCCUCUGCGGUGAGAAUGGAUCAAUCAACCUUGGAGACUUCCUAGAUCAAUUGAUCAAAGGCCCAGCCACCUUUGACACCAAAUCGACUCCCCAGGGUACGAAGAGUGUUUUCUCGGAACCCCAGAUGAACGGCUUGAUUUCUGGAGUCUUUGGUGAUCCUAGCAUCUUCCUAUCCUGUGACUCCGGAGAGUGCAUGUACAAGACCGAUGAACCUGGAUACACGCGUCCCGUGAAGAAAAUCAACACUCCGCUCAUUGCCGGUGUAAUCGCAGGAUGCUCCCUCUUUGUCGUUGCUGUCAUUUUACUGGUGUGGUAUCUGUCCCGCCGCGCGGCGCGCCGCGGCUACCUUCGUCUAUCUCUCUCUGAUGACUCUGAUGACGAAGCUGCCAAGCUCCUGGCAGAUUAUCGGCCGGCGGCUUUGUAUUGGGACGAUGUGUCCUAUACCCUCAACGGAAAAGAGAUUCUCUCGGGUAUCCAAGGUGCGUCCACGCCAGGUCAGAUCACCGCUAUUAUGGGAGCAUCUGGUGCCGGAAAGACCUCGUUCCUUGAUAUCCUGGCCCGAAAGAACAAACGGGGAACGGUGCAAGGAAACUUCUAUGUCAACGGAGAGAUCAUUGAUGAUACCGACUUUAAGACUAUGGUAGGCUUUGUCGACCAAGAAGACACAAUGCUUCCUACUUUGACGGUCCAUGAAACCAUCUUGACCAGUGCCUUGCUUAGACUUCCACGGGACAUGAGUCGGGCAGCCAAAGAGCAAAGAGUCUUGGAAGUUGAAAAACAGCUGGGUAUCUUCCAUAUCAAGGAUCAAUUGAUUGGCUCGGAAGAAGGCAAAGGUCGUGGUAUCUCUGGCGGAGAGAAGCGCCGCGUUGGCAUCGCUUGCGAAUUGGUUACCAGCCCCAGUAUUCUCUUCUUGGAUGAACCCACAAGUGGACUCGAUGCAUACAACGCUUUCAACGUGGUCGAAUGCCUGGUGACCCUGGCGAAGACCUACAAUCGGACUGUUAUCUUCACCAUCCACCAGCCGCGCUCGAACAUCGUUGCUCUCUUCGAUCGACUCGUUCUUCUUGCCGAGGGACGUACCGUGUAUUCCGGUCCUUUCUCCGACUGCCAGCAAUACUUCGACCAAGUGGGAUAUUCAUGUCCACCGGGAUUCAAUAUUGCAGAUUACCUAGUUGAUCUGACGAUGCAUGCUAGUGUUGCCCAUUCAUACACGGACGAAGUAGCAUCUGUGAGUGGACGUUCUGGUCCUCCAAAGACUGCGUCCAGCAGCCUAAGGGCAGUCAAAUCCGUCGCUAGUACUUCGAAUGUGAGCAUGGAUGAUACAAGUGACUCAAUGAGCCGGAGGCCCAAGACCAACCGAAGAAUUUCUCUGAAACAACAGCAAGAUCGCCAACUUUACUCUCGGAAGCAGAACAACGAACGCCCCAUGACGCCAAAGACGGACGAUGAGAGUGCAACAUUAGACGUGGCUGAGAAUAACCAACAAUGGCAUCGUCUUUCCCAUCAACAGGGCAACGUUCCACCUCAGAUUCUUGAUGAUCCAGAUCAGCUGCCUCCUCCAGCCCCCGGCCAGAGUGACCUUGACGUUUUAGUUGCCAGUUACGCAGACUCCGACGUUUGCCAUUCCGUUCACGAUGAAAUCUCAUCUGCUAUCCAGAACGUCCAGGCUGCCAACGGCUCGACGACCUCACCUCUGUUGUCUGAAUCUAAGGGCUAUGCCCGAGUUGGAUUGAUCCGGCAAUUUAUGAUCCUGUCCCAGCGGACAUGGCGUAAUCUAUACCGAAACCCAAUGCUGAUGCUCACUCACUAUGCAAUUGCAAUCUUGCUUGCAGUCCUAUCUGGGUACCUCUUCUAUGGCCUCACCGAUGAUAUCAAGGGCUUCCAGAACCGUCUUGGUCUCUUCUUCUUCAUCUUAGCCCUGUUUGGUUUCAGCACUUUGACUAGUCUCAAUGUGUUCUCUUCUGAGCGUCUUCUAUUCGUGCGUGAGCGGGCCAACGGUUACUAUCACCCGAUCACCUACUUCGCGGCCAAGGUUGUAUUUGAUAUCGUUCCCCUGAGGUUGAUCCCUCCCAUUAUCAUGGGCAUCAUUGUCUACCCCAUGACAGGUUUAAUUCCGGCAUGGCCCGAGUUCUUCCACUUCUUACUAGUCUUGGUCCUUUUCAAUCUUGCCGCCGCCAACAUCUGUCUCUUCAUUGGCAUUAUUUUCCGGGAUGGUGGAGUUGCCAACCUUAUCGGCAGCCUGGUCAUGCUUUUCAGCUUGCUGUUUGCCGGUCUUUUGCUGAAUCAUGAUGCAAUUCCCAAGUCAGCAUUGUGGUUGCAAACUCUAUCCAUUUUCCAUUAUGGCUUUGAGGCCUUGAUCGUCAAUGAAGUAACCUUCCUCACUCUGAUUGAUCACAAGUACGGUUUGGAUAUUGAAGUCCCUGGUGCAUCGAUUUUGAGUGCCUUUGGAUUUGAUACACAGGCUUACUGGAGCGAUGUCAUCGGGCUCGCUGUGAUAUCUUGCGCCUUUAUCAUCAUUGCGUACAGUGCGAUGCAUUUCCUACUCAUCGAGAAGCGGUAA